GGUUUGCGACGACCGCGUUUGACGGCUGCUGGGAUCCCCCCUUUGCUGCCCCCACCGCCUUCUCUCUGGUUGUCAGGGCGGCGUGCUUUACGGCCCGGUGGCGAUGGCGGAGGGAGAACGGGCGGAGGGCGGCGGCGGCGGCGGCGGCGGGAACUCCGGGCGGCCGCCUCAGGAGGGCAAGCCGGGGACGCUGGAGAGAGCCGAGGCCUUCAAGACGCAGGCGAAUGACUACUUUAAAGCGAAGGACUAUGAGAACGCCAUCAAGUUUUACACCCAGGCCAUCGAGCUGAGCCCCACCAGCGCCAUCUACUAUGGCAACCGGAGCCUGGCCUACCUGCGGACCGAGUGCUAUGGCUACGCCCUGGCCGACGCCACCAAGUCCAUCGAGCUGGACAAAAAGUACAUCAAAGGCUACUACAGGCGGGCGACCAGCAACAUGGCCCUGGGCAAGUUCAAGGCGGCUUUGCGGGACUACGAGACAGUUGUGAAGGUCAAGCCAAACGAUAAGGACGCCAAGAUGAAGUACCAGGAGUGCAACAAGAUCGUGAAGCAGAAGGCCUUUGAGCGGGCCAUCGCCAGCGACGAGCACAAGCGGUCUGUGGUCGACUCCCUGGACAUCGAGAGCAUGACCAUCGAGGACGAGUACAGCGGCCCGAAGCUGGAGAACGGGAAGGUGACGCCAGAUUUCAUGAAGGAGCUGAUGCAGUGGUACAAGGAUCAGAAGAAGCUGCACAGGAAAUGUGCCUACCAGAUUCUGGUGCAAGUGAAAGAGGUGCUAUCGAAACUCCCCACCCUAGUAGAAACCACAUUAAAAGAGACAGAGAAAAUUACUGUCUGUGGAGACACGCACGGGCAGUAUUACGACCUCCUCAAUAUAUUUGAAUUGAACGGGCUGCCAUCGGAAACAAAUCCAUAUAUAUUCAACGGCGAUUUUGUUGAUCGCGGCUCCUUCUCCGUGGAGGUGAUAUUAACGCUCUUUGGUUUUAAGCUGCUGUAUCCAGAUCAUUUCCACCUCCUCCGAGGGAACCACGAAACAGAUAACAUGAACCAGAUCUACGGGUUUGAAGGAGAGGUCAAAGCCAAAUACACCGCCCAGAUGUUCGAGCUUUUCAGCGAAGUCUUUGAGUGGCUGCCCCUGGCGCAGUGCAUCAACGGCAAAGUCUUGAUAAUGCACGGUGGGCUCUUCAGUGAAGACGGCGUCACACUAGAUGAUAUCAGGAAGAUUGAGCGGAACCGGCAGCCCCCCGACUCAGGGCCCAUGUGCGACUUGCUGUGGUCGGAUCCGCAACCCCAGAAUGGCCGGUCGGUCAGCAAGCGUGGCGUGAGCUGCCAGUUUGGGCCGGACGUCACCCAAAGCUUCCUGGAGCGCAACCAGUUAGAAUACAUCAUCCGGAGCCACGAGGUCAAGCCCGAGGGCUAUGAGGUCGCCCACGACGGCAAGUGCGUCACGGUCUUCUCGGCCCCCAACUACUGCGACCAGAUGGGCAAUAAAGGGUCCUACAUCCACCUGCGAGGCUCGGACUUGCGGCCAGAAUUCCACCAGUUCACAGCAGUGCCUCACCCGAACGUCAAGCCAAUGAUGUACGCCAACUCGCUGCUGCAGCUGGGGAUGAUGUAGCUGCCCCCGCCUCGGCUGCCCCCCCCCCUCGCCUGCCUGAAGACCCAAUGCACUAGGCAAAUCAGAUCACCGUGGUUUCCUUUAUUUCCUUUCAUUUGACGAUUUCUUCCAACAUCCGCCUUUGCGACGAAGCAGGAGCUGUCUUGGGGGCAGGGGGACGGGGGGGGAAGCAGCUCCGCCGAGGUCGCACACGGAAUAACGCUCAGACCAGGAGGCAGGUCCUGACCCGGGGCGGCCCCUUUUCUCGCAUUUGCUCACUCCACAUGCGCACACGCAAGAGGAAGCGGCCGCCAGAGUGUUAGAAGCAGCGGAUUUUUUAAUAUAUUGGAAGAUUGUAUUUAUUCCCUCCCUCCUCUGGCUCGCGAUCUCGGCUGCUCUUCAGCCUCCCGUGGGAUCCACCUCUGCCUUCGCCACGUGGGCCGAGGGGAGGCUGUCCUGCGUGGCCAGCGUGGCACCCCUUAGCCCGGAGGGCCGAGUGUGUCGGUGCCACGGGGCAAGCACCCACGCACGUCCUUUCUCCUGGAUCUUGCGUUCGGUUCCGCAGUGGCAAGGGAAGGGUCCAGGCGGCACAUUCUGUGCCUCGGCAGCCAGAGGCCGGGGCCGCUCCGGAGCAGGAAGCAAAUGUCGGGGAAAGGAUCGUGUCCUUUCCCAGUGGCUGCUGCCCACCCAUGGCGACUUUCUGAGGUCUGGGCGGGAGGGAGGGGGGGCGCUUGGCCUCAUCUGCCUGCCAGUUCUGUUCCCCCCGAUCGCCCAGUGUCCACGUGGAGCCCGCUGGCAUUCCACUUCACACGCCCGAGGAAUCCAGGCAAGGCGGGAGUCUGUCCUGGGUUUCCGCAGCAUGUGGGGUGGGAGCCAGCAGGGACGGGGCUGGACGAACCUUCCCCACGGCCGCUGUGGCGUGUGCGAGGUGGGCAGCCUGGCCCGUCCCCUUCCCCGUGGGCUCAGCUCGGCCCACUGCCGCCUGUUCCUCCUCCUCCCCCCUCAUACCGUCAGUUCACCAGCAGGAGGCCCAGCUUCUAGGCAGUUGGGGUGGAGGCAGGGCAGGAGGGGAGCGUGGCGUGCCGAUCGAUCGUGGCUCUGCAGCGUGCCAGCCUCGUCGCUCCGCCUCGUGCAUCUCUGUUGUGGGAUUUGGUGCUGUGGGUGUUUUGGGAGGGGAAACGUCAUCUGGGCAUUUUUACAACCGCUCGAUCUUCAGGGCCAUAGGCUUUGGCCACCUUUUCAUGAUCCAGAGGAAUCAGAGGUUCCAGGGCCAUACGUCUCUGGGGAUCCUUCAAACCCUCUUCCCUCUGCCCCGGAAGGAACCCUUUUUGCUCAGUUCAUGCUCUUGCUCUGGGAAGCCCUGGAACUUCUGACCGCUUUCCGGGGGCCAUCCUGCCUUGAAAUGUCAGUGGGCUUGUGGGAAGAGAGACCAAGACCCACCCCAACCAUUUCAGCUUGGCAGCAGAGAUGAGGCAGGAAAGAUUCUGGGCUCCUGACUUGCACGUGAGUGAUCUUCUGUCUGUCCAUCCUUCCUUCCCUCCCUCCUCCCUUGCCCUUUCUAACCUCUUAAAUCUCCCCCUUCACCAUAAAUAAGCCACAGAAAAUGUAAGUGAGGAACGAGAACCGAGCUCACAGACCAGCCUUGCCUAAGCCUGUGGAACCAGGAAAUGGACCCGGGCAGGGUGCUGCUCUCCGUGUGUCCCCCACCCUCCUGCCCUGGAGGCCUCCCCUUCUUGCUCUCGCUCUCGCUCUGAGAAGGAGUUUCAUUUUGGCUUCCCCAAACCGAAACGAGGCUGCUCCCCCUCCCUUUGUGGCCGAAAAGAAGAGAAACCAGCGAAUAUUCCAGAAUCACGUGGGGUGUUGUUUUUUUUCCAUGCGGACCAUGGAGGGUUUUUAUACAUCCAGGAUUCCCUUUCCACCUGCCCUCCCACCUACUGAGCUAUUUUACUGUCUGUAAUUAAACAAAAGACGUUAAAAUAAAGUAAGUAUUGAAAGACC